AUGGCCUACGUCUAUGAAAACGUGGCCUUGCGUGGAAAAGCAACCCAGUCACACAGGAUCCAGCAUCCGUUCGGAGCAGCCUACAAUGCAAUCGAUGGAAACCGUAACCCUAAUGCCAACGCCGGAUCCUGCACCCACACCAUACAACAGAACAACCCCUGGUGGAGGGUGGACCUGCUGGACACCUACGUCAUCACCUCCGUGGUCAUCACAAACAGAGGAGACUGCUGUCCCGAGCGGAUCAACGGGGCAAGGGUUCACAUCGGCAACUCUUUACAGGACAACGGUGCUGCAAACCCAGUGUAA